AUGAAAAGACCAGAAGAACUAGGUUCGAGCCAAGAGGAGAAGAAACAACGUUUGAGUAUGUCAGAAGAGAACAAAGAACUUUUCUCCAAUGUGGGAGAACAAGUCGGAAAUAUGCCAUCGCAAGACGGUGUUAGCCAAACCGGAGCAGCAGAUGCUGAGGGACACCCAGUUCAAGAAAUUGAGUCAAUGUGUAUGAACUGUCACAAGAAUGGAACUACUCGUUUGUUAUUGACGAGAAUUCCGUUCUUUAGAGAAAUCAUUAUUAUGUCAUUUGAGUGUCCACACUGUGGAUUCAAGAACUCAGAAAUCCAGCCAGCAGCACAGAUUUCCGAAAAAGGAUCUCGUUAUGUGUUGAAAUUAGAAGAUAAGAAGGACUUUAAUAGACAGGUUGUCAAGUCUGAAACUGCCACUUGCAAGUUCAAUGAGUUAGAUAUUGAGAUUCCACCCAAGAGAGGGCAAUUAUCCAACAUUGAAGGGAUAUUAAAUGAGAUGGUAUCUGAUUUAGAAUCAGACCAAGCUGCCAGAAAGGAGCUUCAACCAGAAGUAUACGAGAAAAUCAAUGAAGUCAUUACUAAAAUCAAUUCUUUCAUUAAUGCGGAACCAAAUACAUUACCUUUGACCUUUUCUGUCGAUGAUCCAGCUGGUAACUCGUGGAUUGAAUACCUUCCAGAUGAGCCAUCUCAUAAGUGGUCAAUGUAUGAAUACAACAGAACUGCUGAGCAAAAUGUCUUUUUAGGAUUGAUUUCGGCUGAUGAAGUUGCCCAGCACCGUAAAUUGGAAUCAGAAAGUAAAAAAGCUGCAACUGCUACGAAUGUGUCGUCAUCGUUGGCCAAUAAUCCUAAGACUUCGGGAUUCAUUUCUGAUGCUAGUGAAAUUGAAAACUUAGAAAAUGAAGUGCAAACUUUCCAUGCUACUUGUUCCUCAUGUCUUAAGUCCUGUGAAACUCACAUGAAAACUGUUAAUAUUCCUCAUUUCAAAGAAGUUAUUAUCAUGUCUACGGUAUGUGAUAACUGUGGUUAUAAGUCCAAUGAAGUCAAAACCGGGGGUGAAAUUCCUCUUCAUGGUAGAAGAGUCACCUUAAAGGUAAGUGAUCCAGAAGAUUUGGCUAGAGAUAUUUUGAAGGGUGAAUCAUGCGGUUUAAAUAUUCCUGAGUUAAAUCUUGAUUUAACUCCAGGUACCUUAGGUGGUAGAUUUACAACUAUCGAAGGUUUGUUAACACAGGUUUACGAAGAAUUACAUGGAAGAGUAUUUUCGCAAACGUCAGACUCCAUGGAUGAUUCUACCAAAACAAGGUGGACAACUUUCUUCGCUAGAUUACAAGAUGCCAUUGAAGGAAAAAUUGGAUUUACGGUGAUCAUGGAAGACCCAUUGGCUUCGUCUUAUAUCCAAAAUGUUUAUGCACCAGAAAACGACCCUAAUAUGGUCAUUGAAGACUUUGAAAGAACCCACGAACAAAAUGAAGAUUUAGGUUUGAAUGAUAUGAAAACAGAUUAA